AACUCAAUCAAUAAUUCUGGGGAUUAUGUAAUAUUUUUCUGGUUAUAUAUUACAGUUCUGGUAACUAGGUCCUAGUGCUGUGUUCUAUUGCACUUGUCGAAGUUUCUGUUUUCAUUUUUUCUGCAUUUUGGCUCUAGCUAGCUACCCACUGCACGCAAAACAACGUAAGUACCCACUACGUAAGAAUUUACGUCAGCCUGCCAUGGUUAAUUCUUCUGCAAGGUGGUCUCCGCGAGUGAGAAAGGGUGCUUGGUCGGAGGAAGAAGAUGACCUUUUGAGGAAAUGCAUUCAGAAAUUUGGUGAAGGAAAAUGGCACCUAGUUCCCUUUAGAGCUGGGUUGAAUAGGUGCAGAAAAAGUUGCAGAUUGAGAUGGUUGAACUAUCUCCAUCCUGAUAUAAAGAGAGGCCAUUUCAGUUUGGAAGAAGCUGAUCUCAUUCUACGCCUCCAUAAGCUCUUAGGCAACAGGUGGUCGCUUAUUGCUGGCAGAAUUCCGGGACGAACAGCAAACGAUGUGAAGAAUUACUGGCACAGCCAUCUUAAGAAGAAGGUAGUUGGCAUGCAUAUGGCUUCUUCUAAUAGCAGCAGGCAAGAUAAUAAUUGGGAUGAUGAGAAGGGCAAAGCCCCACAAAUCAAGGAAAACAUCCUCUUUAGGCCUCGACCUAGGAGAUUCUUUAGGACCUCGUUGUCAUCUCCGGCGUUGUCGACACUAACCGGAAAAGCUAAGGCUGUCGCCUAUGAUGCUCCUCCUCCUCCUCAUCAUCAUCAACUCCAAGCACAGCCGGAAGCAACUUCGCCGCCGGCGGACUUGCUAAUGGUAUUUAAUGUCCAACAAAACAAUAACUCAAUGGCGACUAAUUUUCCGGCACAAACAACGGCGCCGCCGUCCCACGACGGCGUGAAGUGGUGGGAUUUGCUCUACGACGACGAUCACCAAGGACUAAUUGAUUGGACGACUGAUGAUGACUUUCCGAUUGAUGUGGACCUUUUAAAACUUUUAGACACAACCAUUUAGAGCUUUUAAAUCAUACGUGUCACUAUUCUCUUUGUAUUUUAUUAAGAUGGUCGACACCCUUGUAAUCUUUUCUCAUUUUCAAAAUGUGAUAUUACUAAAUUUGCAAUUAA